GUUUUUUGUUUUGGUUCAAUGAAAAAAAACCCGGUUCUGCUACCUAGCCAUAUCUGUAACCGGUAUCAUCUCCUUUACCUUUUACAUCUCAAUAGGAAGCAGAGCUAAGGAUGCGGAAGUCGUACAAAGUUUGUGUUAUAUUAAAGAUUAAUUCUGUGGCAGCAUAAAAAUGUUUAUAAAAUUAAUAGUGAUUAGGCAAACAAUGCAGACGUGUGUGUAGUUUAAUAUAUAUGAAACGGUAAAUAAACAGUGAAUGUCCAAAUUGUACAACUUUCGGCGAACGUUAGGAGGGAAAUCGAUUUUUCCAUCUACAACAACGACACACAACAACAGCAGAGCAAAGGCAAUGAGAUAAAUUUGAAAUAAAGUUAGUAUGCCUGUUUUGCAACGACGCUGCUGGAGUGCAUCGAAACUACUCUAAGCCUGCUAAAGAAAACUCGGUAUAAAUUAUUAAACAACGAUGCCUGAAAAUUUGGAACUGCAUCAGUUUGUCGAUGGUUUUCGCCAUGGCGAGACUUCACACAGGUUACUUACACGCCUCAAGGCAACAUUUAACUGCCCUUAUUUGGGAAUCAUACUAGCUACUCUCUCCUCGCUUUUUUUCUCGCUAUGCUCAGUUAUAGUAAAGGGAUUAGUCGACGUUAAUCCAAUGGAGCUUGCCUCAUUUCGGUUUAUAGGUGUAUUACUUCCCGCUAUACCCAUUGUCGUCUACACACGCCAUCCUGUAUUUCCUGAAGGCAAGCGUGUUAUACUACUGCUACGCUGCUUUAUGGGCACCACCGGAUUAAUGUUAAGUUUUUAUGCCUUCCGUCAUAUGCCACUUGCCGAUGCCAGUGUUAUAAUAUUUUCAACACCUGUAUUUGUUGCCAUUUUUGCGCGCGUCUUUCUCAAGGAGCAGUGCAGUUUUUUUAAUAUAGUAACUAUCAUACUUACGCUGGUCGGCGUUGUUCUCAUUACACGUCCACCCUUUGUUUUUGGCGACACUGCGCCUUCACUAGAGACUGAACGUUUUUCGGGAAAAACCUACGACAUUUGGGGACCAGUUGCAGCCAUAUCGUCCACAUUAUUCGGUGCCAACGUAUAUAUAUUGUUGCGGGCUCUCAAAGGAUUGCAUUUCUCCGUCAUAAUGGCAAACUUUGGCGGGUUUGCGCUUGUCUACACUUUCAUUGUGUGCGGCUCGAUUGGCGCUUUGUGCUGGCCAGCAUGUGGUCGUGACCGUUGGCUAGUUGUGGUUCUUGGUAUUUUUAGCUUUUUAGGCCAAAUAUUGCUGACAUUAUCAUUGCAAAUAGAACAGGCCGGACCAGUGGCUAUUGCACGGUGUGCCGAUAUCGUAUUCGCAUUUAUAUGGCAAAUAAUGUUCUUUGGUGAAACUCCUACGGGCUUUUCGCUUUUGGGCGCCUUGCUGGUGGUAAGUUCAGUGAUAUUAACAGCACUGAAGAAGUGGGCAUUAUCGCUACCGCGCGAGUCUACAGCUAGAAAACGAUUACGCUAUUUGUUGCUAGAUUAAAGUUCACUUAAACUCCUUCAUAUUAGAAUAUACGAAAAAUACUACGUUAAUCAUAGAAGCGCAUUGUGGUUUCUCUCAUAGGACUAUAAUUAUAAUAUUGCAUCUUCACAAAAAAUAAACAAAACGAAAUAUUGAGAAUUAAAAAAACAAAAAACAAAAAAAAAACAAAAAAACAAAAAACGGUAAUACAUUUUACCAAACCUAAAGGAAAUGAACUUUAGAUUGUACUUAAUUAAAGUGAGGCUGGCAUAUAAAAAAAAAAA